AAAUAGGUCUGCUGCACCAGAUUGUGUUGUCGGAUGACAGUUUCCGAUUACUUGUUUCCGGGGGAGAGAGUUUAGUGUGACACCGGCUGUCACCACUGUGUGUGUAAUGGAAGAAUGGAGAGGUGUGUCCCUGUGUAGUCAUGACUCCCUCCUCCCAGGACAGGGAUCUCCUUCCACCCCGCACUGACUGCCCCUACACCAGCUGUUACUGGUAAGAGGGGCCACGCCAUGACCAGGGGACUGUUAUACAUGUGCAGUGAAGAAAAUGUCUGGAAGCUCUGUGAGUACGUCCGAGAUCGGAGUGAAAGGCCUCUGCAAGAAAUUUAUGCUGUAUUCCUGUCCAAUGAAAAAAGAAUGAUACCUAUUUGGAAACAGCAAUGUGGUAGGCGAGAUGAACCUGUAAUAUGGGAUUAUCAUGUAAUCUUACUCCAUGUCUGCAGUGGAGGACAGCGGCUGAUCUAUGAUCUAGAUAGUGUGCUGCCAUUCCCGUGUCCCUGUGAGCUGUAUGUUAAGGAAGCUCUCCGAUCUGAUCAGAAUAUCCGUAAGGACUUCAGAAGAAAGCUCAGGUUAAUACGGGCAGAUGAGUUCCUCCGGACGUUUGCCUCUGACCGCUCCCAUAUGAAAGACGCAGAUAAUAAGUGGAAGAAGCCGCCACCUCCUUACCCUUGUAUCCAUACUGAAGAAUCCUCGAUGAACCUGGAUGACUUCAUCAGUAUGGACCCUGCCGUGGGCUAUGGCAAAGUGUAUACACUGGAGGAGUUCACAGAGUGCUUCGGCACCCCCGUAUGAUGUGUUGGGUCUGCUCAUCAUUCAGGAGGACAAUGCAGGGAGACCAGAUAUUCAGAACAAGUUUCCACUCUGCAUAAUUCAUUCUGUCCAUUGUCCGUGUUCCGCUUCUCGGCUUUACCCAGCUCUCCGGUGCACAGGAGCCUCGUACAACCUGCUGGAGGACGCACACCGCUACAUAAGACUAUUUAAGGAACCACUUUUAUUAUUUUUUUAGUCACCAGCAGGACUUUCUCAAUUUUAAGAGGGGAAAAAUGAUUGUCAAUAUUAAGGAUCUUCAUAUAAGCCUGUAAUAAAAUAUACCAUGCUUUAAUUUAAA